CUAAAGCCAACCAAUCACACGAGCCGUGUAGUUCCGCCUGGUGGCGUGGUUGAGCGAUUUAAAAACGUAUAGACGGGACUAAACACGUACAUUUACAGGUUAUGCUAGCUUUUAGAUCUGCGGAGUGUUCGAACAACUAGGGAGGCGGGGAGAAUUGUGUUGACAUCGACGACGAUUGAACGUCAAAUGGUCACAGAUUUUCACGCCUGGAUAGACAGAUUUCCACUUAUUGCUAUCGCCUGUACAUCGAUGGGAAGUUUCACAUGCGAUAAGGAUCCCGCAUGAAGAGAAGGACGUCAAGGCAGCCGGGCAUUCAGUAAAGAUGAGUCCUGCCCAGAGCCAGCUGUGCCUCGGCACCGAGUCUCCAACACGUCCCUGAGAACCACAUGGAUAACUAUUUCGGAGUUUCCUCGAGACAGAAGUGAAAACCUUGCAGCAAUGUCCGUCUCAACGGUUUUGGCCAAGGCGCUGUUUGACAACACAGCGGAAAGCCCAGAGGAGCUAGCUUUCCGGAAGGGUGACAUCCUGAUGGUUCUUGAACAGGAGCAGACUGGCGGACCAGGCUGGUGGCUCUGCUCCUUGCACGGCAAACAGGGCAUCGCUCCCGCCAACCGUCUUCGACUCCUGCAGACCGCCCCGCCUCCAGACCUUGACCCGAGUCCUAGCCCUAAUGAGGAUUCUGUCUACCUGUCGCCUGGUCCUCCUUUGGGCCGGACCGUUAUCGGCAGCAGCACAGACGAUAUAGAUGGCGUGUAUCGGACCCCGCCAGCUGUGGGUGAGGGCCGAGGAGGGGCGAUCGUCUCGCGAACUGGAGAACUGCGAAGAGUGGAAGGUGGACGCCCACGCUCACACUCUAGCUCUGGGGUGCGGCCCAGACCUGAUUGGGAUAUUGGAGUGACCGGACGUCCACGUUCACCGUCUUUAAGGGGACGAGGCACAGAAAUGUCAGGAACGGUUUAUCAGAAACCCGGAGGCCCCAUGUCUUCCAAGCAGCCGGGAGCCAUCGUGAGUUCAGAGUGUGUGUAUCUUUCUCCCAGUGGAGUACCAAGGGCGUCCGAUGAGCCAGAGGACACCACAUAUCUCGUUCCAAGGGAAACACUAACGUCAGAACAGUCAGACGACUGUUACUUGGUGCCUAAAGGUACACCACUGGCGGGUGAUGAUGUUUACCAAUCUCCAACUGGUGGAGGUGUGGCCAGUCCUGUAGUCAAUGGCACCCCCAACGUGAGCCAGGAUGCACCUGGAAUGUAUCAAACACCCACUCCUGUGCGAGGAGGCUUGCAUAAGACACCGGCCAUAGUUCUGGCCCACCAACACCCUUCACCGUUAACCCCCGCCCAAGCGUCUCCUCGACCCCUGCUCAAGGGCGUUUCAUCAAACUCCGCUGCAGCACGAGGCAAACCUGGCCCAGCCUGUCACCGGGGGUCCCCCCUGUUGGUCAGAGCGGGACAAGUCCGGACUCCGGGAUCACCGCACUGUGCCCGCAAACCACCUCCACCGGCGCCUCCGGUGAGAGGAGUCACCUGGAAGGAUUUACCUCAAGCCUUAUCAGCUGACUCUAACUCUUCCCCCAAACCUGAUAGUCUGGUAAGUCCUGCAAGCCUGCAGCAACAAGAGAAUAAACAGAUCAGAACUCAGCAGAGCAGCGAGGAAAAGAUGAGCAACGGCUCAGAAAAAAGCAACAACAUACAGAAAAAACAAGGAGGGAAUGGAGAUCUCCCGAAAGCUGCAAAUGAGCAGGUGUAUGAUACCCUUCCCAGUGGUAGAUGGCAACAACCAGUCCAUUCUGCUCCGCAGAAAGGUGAGGGCAUCUACGACACCCCUCGUAGUGUCCAAUCACAGGCCGACUCUGAGACAGAGGUCUACAAUAUCCCCACAAUCACUAUGAGCGUCCAGUCUGAUGAAGCGGAAGAUGAUGUCUACAGUGUCCCCACACUUCCAGGUGUUCCUCUGGGGUCAGCAGAUUCCAACGCCAACGUCACCUCAGAGGAUGGCGUUCAAGUUGGACCGAUCUGUUUUGUCCCUGGGUCAGAUCACAAGCAAGAAUCCUCUGACCCAAACUCAGGCAUCUACGACAUGCCUGCUCUGACCGUAGAAAUGCUUCCUCAUUCGUUGUCGUCGUCCUCCUCCACCUCCACUCGCCGCCUAUCUAUUUCCAGUAAUGGUUCUGGAGACGUGCAGUGGAAGGCUUCACUUUCCAACCUCAUCCAGGGGGUGUUAAACACCAUCUCCUACUCUGUUUCCUCUUUGUCAUCACGGGAUCUGGCCACCUCUUUGGCUGAGAUCCUUUCCACCUGGAAAGCCAGUCAUACUGGUGAUCCACCGCAGCCUCUUCAGCAGGCCUGGUCUCGACUUUCCGACCUGCUUCCGGUGUUAUCCACCGUCGGUAACGCUCCUCCAUCCGAAGGGCUUUUGUCACUGGUCCAGCGCUGUCUUGAGGAGAGCGCCCUGCUCUUACAGGCUCAAGGACGACCCCGUCUGCCUUCCCAGGACUCCCUGUCGUGCAGACCUCUGCCAGCACUCCCAGUGCCUGAUGGAAAAUCGUCUAACAGCGGAAUGGGUUCCCGUAAAGGAAGCUGGAUUCAGGAGAGGCCUUUGCCGCCGACGCCUCAGCCAGCCUUUUCUUUACCUCCAGCUCCAACCAGCGUGACUCUCACUAUAGGGUCCGUUAACGGGGAAGACGAUCAAAGCAACGAGUACGCAGGGAUCGGCUUGCCUCCGAUCCCAGCCCUGGUACCUACGGGAGACAGCGUUGGAUACGUGAAGUUGCAGGGCAAACCCGAUCUACUUCCCGAUGUCCUGAACGAGACACAAACUAUCACUGCAGAGCCACGGUUGACUCCGUCCCCUCCUCUGCCCGUGUCCCUGUCCGUGGAAGACUCGGAGCUGCUGUCCUUUUACUCCUCUCAGAGCUUGGCUCACCUGUCCUGCCUGGCGAACGCCAUCGACGGUCUCUACAACAGCCUGAAGGCAAACCAUCCUCCUCGCAUCUUCGUCGCCAGAGGGAAGAAUCUCAUCGUGACCGCGCACAAACUGGUGUUCAUUGGAGACACGCUGUCCCGUCUUCUGACAUCCGUGGACCUCCGGGCCAAGAUCACCACAUCUGGAGGACGACUCUGCCAGGCCUUGAAAACAGUUGUCGUGGCAACAAAGGGUGCUGCACAAAACUACCCAUCGUUAUCAGCCACCCAGGAGAUGGUGGACCGUGUUGCAGAUCUCUCCCAGCAAGCAGCCAGCUUCUCCACUCUGCUGCAGCGUUUAGCGGAAAUAUCGUCGUGAUUUUGAAAGUCACCGUUUCAUCGUUUCUAGCUGAAACGUCUUAUUUGUUUUACACACUUGGGUUUUAUUGUCUUUCUGGGGCCCUGCAACAGGUGUUUUAAACGUAUUAGUUCUGUCUUUAAAGAGUGUGUGUGAGUGUGUUUAUUCUUUUUUUUUUUUGCCCUCGUUUAGAAGCCGGCGUUUUUGCUUUGAUGGUACACCUUCUGUUUUUUAAGUGUUAACUUAUUGAAUAUUUUAUUCAAACCUUGCUGUGGUCCAAGUGUCGGUGUGGACGUGCUAUUUUGGGAGUUUUGCUUUAAUGUGCUUGCCAUAUUUCUUGUCCCCACACAUGAGUCAUUUCCUUUCCUUUAUUUAUCUAGCAACCCUCUCAAGUCCAAAAAUAGUGCAAGAGGAGGCCUGGCAUCCUGCUUCUGACCCGCUUUUCUCGAUACCUGAUAGGCCUUCCCUUUUUCUUGUUAUGAAUCUGAUCUGCAUGCUGGAAGUUUUGUGCUUUUAAAUAAGCAACGUGACACUUCAAGGGUAGUGUUUAACGAACAUUUUAUGCUUGAUCUGUCUUCUGCUAGAAACGGUUGAAACAUGACUGGACAGAUUUUUUAUUUCGCUGUCAUGCAGUCCCAUGCAUGUCGAGUUAACAACCCAGGAACUAAAAGAUGGUUAAUGAUUGCUGAAUGAAGAAUUACCUAAGCUUUUUUUUUUUUUUUUCACACUCUGUCAUCAGAAUCCUGUUGACCAAGUUCUCCUGUCCCAACAUGUCUUGUUUAGGUGUCUUCUGCUUUACUUUUAGUCAUUAUUAGCAAUGUUCGUGUAAGUAAACGCUGAGGUUUAUACACAAAGUAUGCACCACAAUCUGACCUUCCAGGUGAUGCUGCCGUGGCCUCGAGUGAAAACUACAAUAUAAAGCACGGCCCACCUAAGUUUGUUUACAUUUAGUAUUCUUCAUGAGUGAUGUGUUGCAUUUUACAGCUUAAACACAAAAUCAAGUUGUUGUUUUCUUUACAAAGAGGGAUAUACAUUUUAAGAUUUAAUUACAUGAUCUGAUUUAUGGAUUCAAAUGUCAUGAUGCCUUUUGUUUUACUGUCUAAAGCUUUGAUGAAGCGCCACCUUCUGGACGUUUGAAGUAUUAUCUAAGGAGUACUCAGCAGAUCAAACCCCAUCACUGUGUGCUAGAAUAUAACUGACAACCUUUAGAUUUUUGUUAUUCUUUAUUCAUAUCUUUAAUUUUACAUUUGCAUGGCUUUUAAGUUCUUUACCUUUUUAUGCACAUAUUUCACCUGGGGAUUUUAAUUUUGAGUGUUAGCAUUUUUAUAUACAUAUUUUACACUACAAGGUAAAAAUAUGGCAACCGUUACUUUGUAUAGGGGCUUUUGUUUGUAUUUGAUAACGUAUUGAGAAGACCCUUGGACUUGUUUUUUUAACACUACUUUUGAUGUCAGUUUUGGGUCUGUUCAUUAUGCACAAAUAGAUUCUUUACUACAAACGCGUUUUGCUUUGCGUGAACUUUCAUAUUGUGUUUUUUUUUCCAUUCAGGUUCUGUGAAUAACGGUGUUAUUUAUUGAUCCUGUCGGAUAUUUCUUAAACCAAAAAUGUCGGUGGCCUAGUUUUCCUUUAAGAAAUAAAAGGAUAAAAAACUG